UGCUGCGUGAACCGUACCAGCGAGGGAAAACAAAAGAUACGUUCGCAGCGGAGUUGAACUGGAAUUGGUUUAUUUCAAACAACGUUCUGCGCAGAUGCCUGUGCUCUCGCUCUUAGCGGCGCUGAAACAGGACCGCCAUUACCUAAGGACAAGCGACGGGUUGUGCCGAACAAUUCCUCCCCUGUGGGUUCCUUAAACAGUCAUUGGAGUGAAAAUGUCGUCUGCUUGUGCCGUUUUUCCAUGGAAAAGUACCAGGAACACAUGGAAGAAGUGCGCGGCUGCAUUGUGUGACGGAAAUCCGGACAGCUAAUCGUGGAAGCCAACAUUCUGAAACACCACGUAUACUUGCAGCGGGAACUACUACGAAGAGCAUGAUCCCCUUACCACGGACAUCUCGACGCCGGUGACGAUCACUGAUAUCCGAGGAUCCUUGGCCGCCCGGAACCUGAGGCCCACCUGUUGAGAAGCAAUGCCGAGAGUUGAAAGCCAUCGACUAAGCAUUUCUCGCGACCCGAAGAUGACUCACAAGCCUUGGCAAAGCGACGAGUUCGUCCUCUUCGAGGAGAGGCAGGCGAUCAAGUGCAAGUUCUUCAAGAAGGGCAACUUCACCGUCACGCUUGCUCCCGGCUACCAGGGCAUUCCCGAGAACCUCGUCAUCAACCUCGUCAUGUGGGUGGGCCUGAUCACCCUGUACAGCGUACUGAACCGAACUGCGAAGAACUACAGCAGGCUGGCCUUACUACACAAGGAUGACCAGAAGUGGUCUCAGCUCAUAUAUGGAAACAGAAGCGACCUGCAGGACGAUGAGAGCCUCGAGUCCCUAGAGACGGUCAUCCGACACGAAACAGGCUUGCUCAGCUGGGUGUGGUCUAUUUUCUUGAUCAAGGACCGGCACAUCCUGAAGAAGAACGGACCGGACGCCGUGCAGUACCUCACCUUCCAGCGGCACAUCAUCGUCCUCGUGCUCAUCGUGUGCCUCUUCUGCGUCGGCCUCAUCCUGCCCAUACACGUGUUCGGCGACAUAGAAGGAGACGCCAGGAAGUUUGUCCAUACAACCCUCAACAACAUGGACCCAAACGCGUCAAGCCUGUGGGUCCACGUGAUCCUCAGCUUCCUGUUCCUGCCCCUGGGCGUGCUCUUCAUGCGCCACUUCUCGGCCAAGUUGCACAUCCGGCCAGAAGAGAGCCGGGUCAGCCGGACCCUCAUGAUCGUCGGCGUUCCGCGCAAAAGCUGCCACGCCGAAGUUUUUCGGCAGCAUUUCAGGGAGGCCUACCCGGAGUGCGUCAUCCAGGAUAUAAAGUUCGCCUACGACAUCCGGGAACUGGUGGUGCUGGACAGCAACAGGGAAGUGUCGACGCAAGCCCGCAUGUGGUGCGAGAACCAAAUCAACGCCACCGGAAAGAGGCCCAAGAUGCGUCCCUACCAGUUCAGCCGGCUUUGGGUCUUCGGAGACGCGUGCGGCUGCAAGAUGGUGGACGCCCUGGACUACUACUCCCGCGAGGAGAGCGAAUACCUGCGCGAGGUGGAGAAGGAGCGAGCCAACGCGCUGGAGCGACCCGUCGGUUUCGUGUUCGUCACCUUCGAGACCGAGGAGAUGGCGAUGAUGGUUUGCAAGGACUACCGGUCGCAGUGCCAGUGCUACGCCACCACACCUUCCUCGAGCGUGAGCAAAGAACUGAAGUCCAACUCCUGGAAGGUCGUAUUUGCUCCGCCUCCCAGCGACAUCUUCUGGGAGAACCUGUCCAUCGGCAAGUGGGCCUGGUACAUCCGCUCCUUCUUCAUCAACUUCGUACUGUUCCUCAUCCUCUUCUUCCUGACGACGCCAUUCAUCAUCGUGUCCAACCUGGAGCACAUAUUUCCCUCGGCCGAGCAUCUGAACCCUUUCUUGUCAAAGUUCCUGCCGACCAUGAUGUUGUGGCUCGUUGCAGCAGCCAUGCCAGCCAUGGUCACAAUGUCAGACGUCUUCAUUGCCCACUGGACCAGAUCAUCAAGGAACCACUGGGUCAUGAGGAAAAUUUUCAUAUUCCUCUUGUUUAUGGUGCUGAUUCUGCCUUCCCUAGGCCUCCCCAGUGCUGAAGUACUAGUUUCCUGGGUUCUGAAGCCGACCAAUGAAACACACCUGUGGAAGUGCCUGUACCUACCUGACAGCGGCGCUUUCUUCAUCAACUACGUGGUGACGUCGUCCUUCGUGGGCACCACCAUGGAGCUCAUCCGAUUUCCCCAGCUGUGCCUCUUUAUUCUGUACACCUUCAUGUCACGCUCCAAGGCCGAAACAUUCGCCGUGCAGCGGGCAUCGCUGUUCGAGUUCCACUUUGGCGUCCACUACGCUUGGUACCUGCUAAUAUUCGCGAUUACCAUGAUCUACAGCCUCUCCUGCCCACUCAUCGUGCCUUUCGGCCUGGUCUACCUCUGCUUCAAGCACAGCGUGGACCGCUACAACAUCUAUUUCGUGUACACACCGUCGAAGACGAACAAGUACAUCCACGCCACAGCCAUCGAUUUCGUCAUAGGCUCCCUGAUUCUACUCCAAUUCACGCUCGCCAUAUUCUUCUACCUCAGGACCGGAAACAGCAAUGUGACGGUGGCGACUUGCAUUAUAGCCCUGAUGUCCUUCCUUAUGUUUCUCGGUCAAGCCAUGAUGAAAUGCUUUCGUGAUUUUGGACCGAUAAAAUAUGCGGCGGCCAAGCGCAAGACGUAUGGUACCAGGCCCAGCCCGCGCAAGCUGUCCACGGUCACCGUGGCCCCGAAGCCGGCGAUAAAGAAGAAAGUGCAGCGCCACGUAUACGUGGGACCCGCCGCUGUCGAUGGCCACGGCGGGGCGCUCGCGUGCGGUUCCCCAAUGCCGGAAGCGAUUCCAAUGCUGGCCUUGGACACCCGGGCCGAACCGGUUGACGCCGUGGGCCCGCCAUCACCGAUUGACUUGAACGCGGUGGACAACCACUCGACGACGCACCACGUCUGCGAGUGAACUUAACGUAGAAAGAGGAACUUGCGAAAGAACUGUUUUGGGGGGAAUACCGCUGUUUCGUUAACCUGCUUUUGCGUCUUUUCUGUGCAUUUCGUGGGGCGAGUCAUUUAUGCUUACUGAUCCUAUAGACGGCAAGAAUUUGUGAGGCGACCGGCGUUGUUCCAUGUUCGCCUGUGGUUGCUCGUAAAGUGUUGGGAAACCACCGAGUGUUUCACUAAGCCACUGAGGCCGAAUCGACUGCUAACGGCAACUCCAAGAGCCCAUUGGACUUCGGAAACGGAAUCUGAUUAGACCAGUUAGUGUUUGCGGGAGCUUGUGCUCCUUUUCUUCCUUUCUUUUACCACGAAAAUUACGUACACGGAAGAAUCUUCCUGCGAGUUCGUAUUAAUGCAUGUAUUGGGCGUUAAUCUCCGCGCUUAACUCUGGACUUGGUGGCCGUUUGUGAACCGUCCCACGUUGCGUGCCCUGUAAUACGCAUUGUUUUACGCUUGUGCGCUUUGUGUGACGUCUUAGGCUUUUUUUUUGUAUUUUAUCUUUGCUGUGUAUGUGUGUGUGCAUACGUGCGUGUUUAUCUGCUGUGUACGUUAAAUGACCAUUUGUCAACCAACACGCUCCGUUCUCCCCGA